UUCAUUUUCAUUUUUCGUCUCCCUUCUUUCUUCUUCGUCUUCACUCUCAGUCUCGACGCCUGCCAAAAUUGGGGCUGCUCUCUCUCUCUCUCUCUCUCUCUCUCUCUCUCUCUCCGAGGUUAUAUGGCGCACUUAGAAUCUGCAAAUACGGACAUGAAUCUGUAUAACGGUACAUCGAGAAAGCCUCGUAUUCUGCUAGCUGCAAGUGGAAGUGUGGCUGCAAUAAAAUUUGCUAAUCUCUGCCAUUGUUUCUCGGAAUGGGCAGAAGUGAAAGCAGUUGCGACAAAGGCGUCACUUCAUUUUGUCGACAGAGCCUCACUUCCGAAAGACGUAACUCUUUAUACAGACGAGGAUGAGUGGUCCACUUGGAAGAAAAUCGGCGAUGGCGUGCUCCACAUUGAGCUAAGACGAUGGGCCGAUAUUAUGGUCAUUGCACCCUUAUCAGCUAACACACUCGGCAAGGUAAAAUAAAUUUGUACGAUUAUAUUUUACCCUGUUAGCAUCGUUUCUUAGCAGGCAUGGUAAGUGGAACGAUUCGGGAAUUUCUUAAU